AUGUCAAAAUUUUCUAAACAUGUGAGCUACGACUUUGCCUACAGUGUACGGGACGAUGAUACUGGGGCGGCCUACAGUCACGCGGAGGAGCGGACGGGGAACAAGACACACGGCGAGUAUCGUGUGUCUCUGCCUGAUGGCCGUGUGCAGGUGGUGUCGUAUGUGGCAGACGAAAAUGGAUAUCAAGCUAAGGUAUCUUACGAACCAGCCUCUCCUCCCCAAGAGGUUCACAGAGCCCUCAAGUAUGGCCCAGGGUCCGGCAAGCACCGUCAGUUUGCUCCUCGUACUUAUAGAGGGAGGCAGCGGCGACCUAAAAUAUACAAGAAUCCACGCACAAGGCCGUCUAACAUACAUCAAGGCCCUGAACACUCCUUUCUUUCUGAACCCUUUUCUUCGCACAUUUCCGCAAGAGAAGACGAAUCUCACCUUUUUGAAACCCCUCCCUCUUACCUUCCGUUCUCUAAAAAGGAAGACGAGGCUUCCUCCCUUCCAUUGUCAAAAGCAACGGAUUUCUAUCUUCCUAAAUCCCUGUCCUUCUACCUUCCCACACCAAAAGAGGAAGAUUUCUAUCCACAAGAAUCCUCAUCCUCCUACUUUCCGACAUCAAAAAAGAAGGCCUUGGAUAUUCCUGAAGCUUCAUCCUCCACCUUUCCACAGUCAACGGAAGAACCUAAUCUUCAUAAGCACUCACUGUCUUCCACAUCAGAACCAAAAAGUGCUUACGUAACAGAAUCGACGACACCGUCACAUUAUCUCUCCCCAAAGACUUCCUCGUAUUAUGAUCCGUACGCAACUGACUCGCCAAGCUUCCCUGGACCUCCAGUUAUAGCUAAGCUUAUGGAUAAGGUGUUAGAAACUGUACAAAGUCCUUAUAAUUUCUCUCCUUAUCGAAAUAACACCCUGGAAGUAACAACCUACAGACCUCGACACCAGAAUCCAGAUACUUUUCCCUCAAGUUCAAUUCUAUCCGGAAAGAACUCAUCCCCAAUCUUUAGGACCAUAAAUCAAACAACUAGUAGUCCCUUAAAGCUCCCCGAGGUAACUAGUUAUAUGCCCAGCAGGUUAUCUAUUCCAUCUCCUGUUUCCCCUGCUCGUAAACUAACUGAAGAAGAAAAUAAUACCACCCAACCUUUCAACACACUUUCUGUAAAUACUGCAUCCCCCACUCGCUCCUCACUUUCACACCCUCUUCCUCCUUCAUACCCUCUCUCCUCAGAAAUUUUAAAGUCACAUUCUCCUCAUCCAUCUACUGCACCGCCCUAUUAUGUUUCCAUCCCCGUGCCCUAUACACCAGCACCCUCUUAUAGGGAAUCUUCGCCACUAUCUAACAGUCCACCACAACCUCCUUACUUCGGCCCCAAGUACAGGUCAUACUUUUCAGGACCGUCAUACCCUCCUCGAAUCACAGGACUUCCAUCUCGUCUUAGUACUAUUCAAAUACCUUUAGAAUCCUAAGCUUCACUUCUUACUUCUUUCAAUAACGAAAGCUUUGCACAGCAAAAAUAAAUGCAAGUAGAAGUGGGUUUGCUUCCGACUAUCUCCCAGAGAGAGAGAGAGAGAGAGAGAGAGAGAGAGAGAGAGAGAGAGAGAGAGAGAGAGAGAGAGAGGUUGGGGGGAGAGAGAGAGGGAUAGUCCGAACGAGUAUAGGCUUACCAAAUGUCUAUAUGCAUGACUUAAUUCUUAAAACGUAAUCGUCUAGUACUCAUAUUUUGACGUGAAUCGCGUCAAAAACUUUAAAAAUUAGCCAAAAAUAAUGUUUUAGUCAGAAUUGCGUCAAGAUUUGGUGCGCCAAGGAUCCAGGCUAGGCUUAUCCUACAAACUAGUUGUCAACUCUCUCGCCUGGGUGGAUUUAAAGUGAUAAUAUGAAUAAAUAAGUAUUUAUAUAACAUUUCCCAAUAUGUGUUUCAGUUUUCCUCAAUUUUCUUAAAAAAAAAACUAUUGGUCAUAUAAAAAUUCUGAUGGUAACGUUGGAAAGCGCAUAAACAUCCGCUGGUAAUAGUAUAUGCAUCAUAAAAAGUCGACUCACAAACUUUCGAGCAAUGAGGCGGUGAACGUAAGUAUUUGUUGUUUUAUUAAGAUGUUUAUUCGGAAUCAGCAGAGCUCACUGUAUAUUUUCAUUUCUCGGUUCUUUUUCUUUUGUUAAUUCAGAAUAAUCUAUUGCAAUUCUAGUGGUCAGCGUGCCUGGCCACACUGCACGGCCCGGGUUCGAACCCCAGCACGGGCAGUCGGCGUACAGUUCAUCCAGCUGUUCAUCCACCCAUUCGGGCUGGUCGAUAAAUGGGUACUUGGGGAAACCUGGGGAAGGUAAACUGUGGCAAUCCCAGAUUUCACAUUGGCCCGUGUUCGGGGGUGAAUGGUUACUACCUACCACCGGCUCAAAGGGCCAACGGAUCGGAGAUGAGCACCGUAGCCACGCGCAACAAGAGCAUAUGCACCCACCUUUACCUUUAAUUGCAAAGUCAAUUACAAAUAAAAAUGGAAGGUAAAAAUCGUGGGUGAAAUUGAUAGUAGAAAAAAAAAAAAUUGGCGCUCGCUGUCAGGCCAUCCCGCCGCAUCCCCUCGGGAGCCCCAAGUAUGUCGUAGUUGAAACUGAAACUUAUUAAACUUGUGGUGCGUGAGAGGGCUAGGCUAAUGUUUCAUGUCUCGGGAAGCACACUUGCAUAUUUAAUCUCAUUUUAUUAUGUGUUCAAGAACAAAAUGUCCUCUGUGCAUGUAUUACUUGGUGCCUCUUGCGAUUCUGAAAGGUUGCAACAUGUGUGCACAGCUGUGAGUGACUUGUAAUGAAACUUUAAAAAAAAAGUAUACUGGUAUAAAAAGUAUCUAUUUUUAUCAAAUCCGUCGUAAAGGAGUAUAGUGGUAGUUUGGGGGUUACAUCUCAAAGACAUUCUUGGUAAGAGACUAACAGGAAGGAUAGUAUGAUACCUGAGUAAAUGUACCUGGCAUACUCUUUUUCUGUGAGGCAUCGUGUUGCAGACUGCAUUUGCGUGAGGCAACCGUCUCACCAUGAUAUUCUUCUGAGCAUUAGGACAAGGAGUCUUCAAAGCAGUGACUUACCUGGGAAUAAGAACUCACCCACCUCAACCAUCCCAUACACACCCUGACACCCCCCACAUCUACCCCCACCGCGACCCCUCUCCCACACACACACACCAGUAAUAAAUAGAAACCAAGUGUAAUCGAGGAGAAGGUGAUUAUCUUUACAUUUGUUUCUAGUUGAGAAAAGAAUGACCAAGUUUUACUGAGGCUCUGGCUUAGGACGGUCUUUGGUUGUACUUAGUGUGCCUGUACGUGAGUUGAACUCAUUGGCGGAAGGAACUACAGAAGGCAGAAAGGAAGUAGUGCAGCUCCCUGAAGCUCAAAAGUGAAGCAGUUUCAUGAAGCACUGCUGAAAGCCUGAAAGGGGUACUCUCUUUCAUUACGACCCCGUCCAAGACAUUCUGAAAGGGAAAGGCCUGAGCGCAACCGGCGUGACGUCAGACAAAGAUACUUCGGUUGGUCGAGCCGCUCGUAUGGCAAUUGGGUUCUUCACUGAGCUCGACCUGCCAUCUGGUGGCCCUGCUGGAGCCUCAGCCAGAGCCAAACCUGCGGGGAGCUGGGGUCCAGCGAGGAUUCAUUGACAUUUAUCUGUACCAAAUUAGAAAAAUAUCAGAGUUGUAAUGGUCACUAUCAUGUUUACAUAAAAAUAUCUGAGUGCUGUACAUCAUUCAUGACGCUAUAACGAGCCCUGUUGGCAAAAUAAGAGCAUUCAUCGAUAUAUCCUACAACACUCCAUCCCGUGGUUAAUAGGAAUGCACCUGUGCGGCCUCGUGGGUAAAUAUCUCCUUCAUGCAAGAAAAGAGAAGUCAGACAAGUCCGGCAUAGUGUCAUGCUCUCAAAAUCUUAUAGUAGUGGUGGACGAUAUAUACAGCAUUGAGAAUUUUGUCCAACAUUCCCCUGGCUGGCACGCAGCUGCCUCACACACGAUGCUUUCCUGUCUCUCCACGGGAGAUUGUUUACACUGUUGCUAAACAUAUCCUACGCUGCAGGCAGCAAGUUUUAAAUUUUCAUAUUUCUAACUUUAAGCAUAAUAUAUACAUCUUUAGCAUCUUAUAAUAUUGCAUUCACUAUAGGAACUUUAAAAGAACAACAUGUUAUGAUUGUUCAUGUGCGGUAAAAAUCCUAUUUCUUGCAUUUCUCCGUUUCUUAAAUAGUACUAAUAAGUCAAGUGUCUCUAUACCAUAGCUAUGAGGAAAAAUAUGUGACUUCUAAAUACUAGCAAAAACUAGUAAAAAAAAUUAUUUGGACGUACGCCACAUACAUAACUUUUUUGGUACUUCCAUUAGGGCCACCAGAUGGCAGGUCGAGCUCAGCGAAGGACCCAAUUCGAGGGGUUAUCUGGAGAAUAUGGCUUAUAAAGAACCUCAAUCAUUUGGCAUAGUCUGGGCCCUCGUAGUAUACCGUGUCUCGACAUUUGACACCAACAAAUAACUUGUAUUCUGGACAAUCGAAACAGAAAGAUGAACGAGUUCACUAUGAUAAGUACCUCUUUCACGGUUUUUCGGGUGGCCGCGAGUGCCGCUGUGUAUAGCCACUACCGUCUAUUUUCAGGAAAUGUUUUUAAACAGUCUACUAUAAAAAAAGUCGGUUCCACGAGAACUGGCAUAGAUUUUCCUUCAGGGGUGGACUCAAAGACUUGGUAUCAUUAUAUGGGUGAUGGUACUGCGUGCUCAUUGGCCAAUUCUUAACUUGUUCUGAUGCGCAUAAAAUUGACUUUGUAUUCCUACCAAAAUCCUUUGUGAGUUGUAAGGUAACAGAUUGCACAGAUAAAAACUUAUGCAAUAAUAUCUUUAGUGAUAAGUAUGUGCUUUUUGAACUAUUAUAAAUGUUGGGUAUUCCCCUGUUGAAAGGAUAGAAUACGCUUGCUGCGUCUCUUUUGUCUGUUUUUUGGCGCCUGUUGUUGUGUUUCGAGCCAGAAUAAAC